UGGAAGCUGAAGCUGCCAGUCAAGGGCACGUCUGACAAGUCCCGCAGAGCCGGAAAGGGGUUAAGGCGAGCAAGUGGGUGUGGCCCGCUCGUUGAUUGGCAGGGGUGGGACCGGGCUCGUCACCCGCCCAGGCUACUCCAACCCCUGGGCGGGCGGGGGUACCUCCUGGGCAGGGGCCGGAGCGCCGGGCCGAACCACCUCUCCCCCUCCCCCGCUUCCCUGUCGCGUUCCGCGGGCUGCAAGCGCUAGAGGAGUGGAGCAGCACCCGGCCGGCCGUAGGGGCUGAAAGUCGGCAAAGUUUGGCCCGAAGAGGAAGUGGUCUCAAACCCCGGCAGGUGGCGGCCAGGCCAGGCUAGGGGCGCUCGCGGCCUGCGGGCGGACUGUAGGUGAGGGCGCGACCCAGUGCCGAGAUCCGGGACUUCGGGAGCCAGCCCCGGGAGAAAGAGUGCGGCGGCGGCCAGAGAAAACAACUCCAAAGUUGGCGAAAGGCACCGCCCCUACUCCCCGGCUGCCGCCGCUUCCCCGCCCCCAGCCCUGGCAUCCAGAGCACCAGUCGAGCCCAGGCCAUGGAGCCCCCUUGGGGAGGCGGCACCGGGGAGCCUGGGCGGCCGGGGCUCCGCCGCGACCCCAUCGGGUAGACCACAGAAGCUCCGGGACCCUUCCGGCACCUCUGGACAGCCCAGGAUGCUGUUGGCCACCCUCCUCCUCCUCCUCCUCCUCCUCCUCCUUGGAGGCGCUCUGGCGCAUCCAGACCGGAUUAUUUUCCCAAAUCUUGCUUGUGAGGACCCCCCAGCAGUGCUCUUAGAAGUGCAGGGCACCUUACAGAGGCCCCUGGUCCGGAACAGCCGCAGCUCCCCUGCCAACUGCACCUGGCUUAUCCUGGGCAGCAAGGAACAGACUGUCACCGUCAGGUUCCAGAAACUACACCUGGCCUGUGGCUCAGAGCACUUAACCCUACGCUCCCCUCUCCAGCCACCGAUCUCCCUAUGUGAGGCACCUCCCAGCCCUCUGCAGCUGCCCGGAGGCAACAUCACCAUCACUUACAGUUAUGCUGGGGCCAGAGCACCCAUGGGCCAGGGCUUCCUGCUCUCCUAUAGCCAAGAUUGGCUGAUGUGCCUGCAGGAAGAGUUCCAGUGCCUGAACCACCGCUGUGUAUCUGCUGUCCAGCGCUGUGAUGGGAUUGAUGCCUGUGGCGAUGGCUCUGAUGAAGCAGGUUGCAACUCAGACCCCUUCCCUGGCCUGACCCCAAGGCCCAUCCCCUCCCUGCCUUGCAAUCUCACCUUGGAGGACUUCUAUGGGGUCUUCUCCUCCCCUGGAUAUACACACCUUGCCUCAGUCUCCCACCCCCAGUCCUGCCAUUGGCUGCUGGACCCCCAUGACGGCCGGCGGCUGGCCGUGCGCUUCACAGCCCUGGACUUGGGCUUUGGAGAUGCAGUGCAUGUGUUUGAUGGCCCUGGGCCCCCUGAGAGCUCCCGACUACUGCGUAGUCUCACCCACUUCAGCAAUGGCAAGGCUGUCACUGUGGAGACACUAUCUGGCCAGGCUGUUGUGUCCUACCACACAGUUGCUUGGAGCAAUGGUCGUGGCUUCAAUGCCACCUACCAUGUGCGGGGCUACUGCUUGCCUUGGGAUAGACCCUGUGGCUUAGGCUCUGGCCUGGGGGCUGGCGAAGGCCUAGGUGAGCGCUGCUACAGUGAGGCACAGCGCUGUGAUGGCUCGUGGGACUGUGCUGACGGCACAGAUGAGGAGGACUGCCCAGGCUGCCCACCUGGACACUUCCCCUGCGGGGCUGCUGGCACCUCUGGUGCCACAGCCUGCUACCUGCCUGCUGACCGCUGCAACUACCAGACUUUCUGUGCUGAUGGAGCAGACGAGAGACGCUGUCGGCAUUGCCAGCCUGGCAAUUUCCGAUGCCGGGAUGAGAAGUGCGUGUAUGAGACAUGGGUGUGCGACGGGCAGCCAGACUGUGCAGACGGCAGUGAUGAGUGGGACUGCUCCUAUGUUCUGCCCCGCAAGGUCAUUACCGCCGCAGUCAUUGGCAGCCUAGUGUGCGGCCUGCUCCUGGUCAUCGCCCUGGGCUGCACCUGCAAGCUCUAUGCCAUUCGCACCCAGGAGUACAGCAUCUUUGCCCCCCUCUCCCGGAUGGAGGCUGAGAUUGUGCAGCAGCAGGCACCCCCUUCCUACGGGCAGCUCAUUGCCCAGGGUGCCAUCCCGCCUGUAGAAGACUUUCCUACAGAGAAUCCUAAUGAUAACUCAGUGCUGGGCAACCUGCGUUCUCUGCUACAGAUCUUACGCCAGGAUAUGACUCCAGGAGGUGGCUCAGGUGCCCGCCGUCGUCAGCGGGGCCGCUUGAUGCGCCGCCUGGUACGCCGUCUCCGCCGCUGGGGCUUGCUCCCUCGAACCAACACCCCAGCUCGGGCCUCUGAGGCCAGAUCCCAGGUCACACAUUCCGCUGCUCCCCUUGAGGCCCUAGAUGGUGGCACAGGUCCAGCCCAUGAGGGCGGGGCAGUGGGUGGGCAAGAUGGGGAGCAGGCACCCCCACUGCCCAUCAAAGCUCCCCUCCCAUCUGCUAGCACGUCUCCAGCCCCCACUACUGUCCCCGAAGCCCCAGGGCCACUGCCCUCACUGCCCCUAGAGCCAUCACUAUUGUCUGGAGUGGUGCAGGCCCUGCGAGGCCGCCUCCUGCCCAGCCUGGGGCCCCCAGGACCAACCCGGAGCCCUGCUGGACCCCACACAGCAGUCCUGGCCCCAGAAGAUGAGGACGAUGUGCUACUGGUGCCACUGGCUGAGCCGGGGGUGUGGGUAGCUGAGGCAGAGGAUGAGCCACUGCUUACCUGAGGGCACCUGGGGGCUCUACUGGGGCCUCUCCCCUGGGGGCUCUGCUUAUAGUGGCAUAACCGUUUAGAGGUGGGUCAGCCUCCCCUCCACCACUUCCUUCCCUGUCCCUGGAUCUGAGGGACUUGGUGGGCCUCCUGUUGACCCUCAGUCUAUGCUAUAAAGUUAGGUGUCCCUCAGGCAGGGAGAGCGCUCACAGAGUCUCCUCUGUACAUGGCCAUGGCCAGAGACCCCAGUCCCUUCACCAUCACCUGCUCCCCACGCCACCACCAUUUGGGUGGCUGUUUUUAAAAAGUAAAGUUAUUAGAGGAUCAUAGGUCUGGACACUCCAUCUUUGCCAAACCUCCACCCAAAAGUGGCCUUAAGCACCUGAAUGCCAAUUAACUAGAGAUCCUCCAGCCCCCAAGGGGAAGAUUUCGACAGAACCUGAGGUUUUGCCAUCCACAAUCUCCUACAAGGCCUGGCUCACAAAAAGAGUGCAACAAAUGCUUCUGUUCCAUAGCUAUGCGUUGCUCAGUAAGUUGAGGUAAAAAAUAAAGGAAUGAUACAUCUCAAAAUUUUGCAAAUUAGCUGCGAGCCUGAGCCCUGCUGCUGCCCAUCUCAGUCUAUGCUCACCUCAUCCCACUCCUCCCUGUGGAGCCCUUUGCUUGGCCCUCUACCUCCUGCCCUCUUCCUGUUCAUCUCCCAACCACUGCUCUCUUGAUUUUUAUAGCACACAGAAGGUAAGAACAUUCUAGGAACCCUAAGGAUCAACCCUCUCCAUUUCCACUCAAAUGCCUGGCGCCCAGCUCUGCAGUGACUGACUCCAGGGGUGUGCACCAAGCCUGUUUCCUCAUUGCCAAGAUAGAAGUCGGGGGAGCCAGCUGGGCCUUGCGGUCAGGAAGGUUCUCAUUUAUGGAGCAUUCCCCGAGCCCAGAACAUAGGAGCAACUGUCCCUAGUGGGACACAGGAGUCAUGUCUCCUACCCUCCACCCUCCACAUCUACCAGGCAUUUAGCAGUCUGUCCUAUGCAAGACGGAUGGAUUCUCAGCCAGAAUGCCUCAAGGCAGGCAAAGGUGAGUGGAGGGAAAGCUCACAAACAUUCAGGGUGUGUGGUGCUGGCAUCACCAUGGCCAAAUCCAAGAGGUCUUCCUGGAAGAGGGCCCAAACUGGAAUCUAAAGAGUGCUGUCAGCAGUUGGAAUAGAGCGGUGAAUUCGAGACAAGAGGAGUGUCCACAGAACAAGCAAACUGAGGAGACAAGAGGGGAAGGAUUAUAGGCAAGCCCCUGGGCCUGAGAGCACAAGCAGCGGCCAGAGUUGCAGAGCUGGGGUGGGUGAUGGAGGUAAUGAUUCGUAAGCAAUGUUGGAACCCAGCCCUUAGUGAGCAAAGUGACAGAAGCUGCCCCAGAGUUUGGGAGGAAGAUCGAGGCAAAAGAUGUAGAAGGAAGCUGUGGGAGUGGGAGUGAUGCCUCAGGAGCAAAACUGAGGAAUUCCCUAACGGAGCCAGUCCCUGGGAAAAGAGGCUCCCCUCAGGCUCUCCUUGUCUAGCCCCACAACUGGUGGGGCCCAGUACCCAGCCUAGCCCCACACCUGGUGGAGAGGCCCUGUUGAUUACACCCUGUCAGCAUCCUCAAACCCAGCACUAAUUGCACAAUUUUCCUCUCUUCUAGUAAGCAAGAGCCUAAGGAAGUAGCAGAAAGGGAUGUGGGCCCAUGUGCAGUUCUGGGACCCUGGCACCUUGGCUCAGGGAAGACCUGAGCUCCUUUCACUGCUGACCCUCUCCAGGGACUGGGGAGAGGGCUCCGGAGAACCUGGUUCUUGCUUACUGUUCUCCCUUUGGGCCCUCCUUCCCAAGUGCAAACAAUCCUGGGUCCAUUCAGCAUCAGGCCCAUUUGGAGUGAAGCAGUGAUUAUCCCUCCCCUGCCUCUCCAUAGCCUGGUCUUUGCCCUCUUCUUUGCCCUUCUCUUCCCCCAUAGCCACCUCAAGUACCUGCAGCCUGAUAAUCUUCAUUCCCCUUCAUCCAGACCUUUUCUCUCCUAGUGGUAUUGCAAAUUGAAAGUGGACAAAGACUUAAGGUAAAACUGCUCCUCGUGGUGGAAUGCUUCCAAAUGCUGGAAGGAGGACUUUAGGAAAGAGUUCACUAAGGAGGCCUGUGAUUAUAGAUCAGUGGGCCUGAAAGAAGUUUCUCUAGGUUCUGGUUGUGUGCUGUACGAGGCGUACAGUAAUAAUACUCUUGUCAGCCAUAGUGAAGCCCCAGGCUAGCCGGGAUAGGGGACUGACCUUGUACAGGCAGCAUGGAGAAACUAAGACAGAGGGUCCUGCCCAAGUGAUGGCACUGGGGAGUAGUCACUCAGGUUUAUUUCCACCAGGGCCCAAGAAAAGAAAUGAAGCAACUUAAAAUUCCAUCAAGAUAGAUACCUAUAUCCAAGAUGCUUGGUCUUAGGGGUGUGGGAUCCACCUCGAGGUUCUUGAUGGGAAGGUGAGAGGUGUUUUCAGCAUGAGAUAAGGCUCAGGCUGUGAAUCAAAGUCUAGA